GCUUCGAAUGUUAUCACACUAUUGAAUGGAUGUUAUCAGUGGUUAAUGGGACCAUCGAUAUGGUCCAGUUGGGGCAUGCUGUGGCUACUGGAAGGCUCAGAAGGUUGUUAUCAUCUAUCAAAUGCUCAAUCAAUGAAUACAACUACAAGAGAAGACUCCAGAUCCACUCAGAGGAAUCCAGUUGACCGGGAAUCCAGUUCACCGAUGACUGGACGUCGACUGGAUAACGCGGCAACGUUGGGCACUUUCCUGGUUAAUUGUUUCAGAUUUCAGAUAUGGGAAAAGCUGUUAAGCGCACACGCUUCAGGAAUGUUAAGAUUAAGGUGGUGAGGAGGUUCUAUCACGGGCUCUGCAAAGUUUUCUUACCUUGGUCAAGCUCCUCCUCAGCCCAACUCCAAACACACCCACUCUUUGGACCCUUCCACAUCUAUUACGCCUCAACAGGCUGAACCUGAUGAUGUGGCACCAAGCUGUAGUUUAUAUUCUGAGACUGCAUACAGUAAGGCAAAGAAGAGAGAGCUUCAUGCCUGGGAUGCAGUCAAGGAUGACAUGCUUAAGGUGUCGUUUGAAUGUUCAGCACCAAUCACAACCCAGUGUGUUGUCUGCCUAGAAAAACAUGCUGAUUAUAGGUGCAUUGAGUGCAGCACCACUGCAGUGUUUUGUGAGGCUUGUCUGAAGAGGACUCACAGAAAUUCACUGCAUCUUCCUGAUAAGUGGAAUAAUGCCUACUAUGAGCCAUCCUCCCUGGGGUUAUUCCUAUAUUUACCUGAAGGCCAUAACACCCAUACUGUGUACACAAAGGACAUGAAGGUCAUUGUUAGCACAGGACGGCUCUGCACUGUCACAGUCGAUAUGUGUGCGUGUGAACCAGAAACCUGCACACUGCUAAGGUAUGGGCUCUGGCCAGCAACAGCCGACAAGCCCCAGACAGCCUUCUCCAUCCCUCUGCUUGAGCUUUUUGUUUGUCUGUCACUGGAGUGUCAGGUUUCUGUUGAGGGUUUUUGCAACACCCUGCGCUGGAAAAAUAACCUCACACUUGCAGAGGUCAACACCCUUUACAGAGCCCUGGUGGGAGAAUCCAUAUCCCAUUUUAGGCAUCACCACUUCAGACAAAGAAGUUUGGUAGAUGUUUGCCCACAAUUAGAUGAUGGGACCACAUGCCCAGCAUGUCCAAAGGCGGAUGGAGAUAUGAUCGUGACACUGGAUGCCAACUUUGGCCUUGUGAGGAAGCAAAGCUCAGGGACAAGUGCGGUUGAGCCAUUACAUGGAACCCGCAUGUUUGUAGAUGAAAAGGAUGUAGAGGACUACCCGCUAUCACAUCUUGACAGCUCAAAGCCUCACGAAGACUGCAGUAACUUUAAGGCUGGCAAUGUGUUGAGGUCACAACAACAAGCAAAGAAACUUGAUGUUACAGGAGUGUUUGGAGCAUCCUGUCGUCAUGAAAUGCCCCUAAUGUUUGUCAACAUGAGCCAAGGAGAACGAUUAGCCUAUCCCCUGUAUGUCAUCGAUGCGCUACGUCAAAGAUGUGAGGACAAGAACAUACAACUGCGAGUAGUCUAUGACAUUGCCUGUGUUGUUGCCUCACAUUUGCAGAAAUCCGGGGAGGGCAUACCACACAACAUCUCGUUGGCCGUACCAGCAUUUCAUGUUUAUGGACACAAAUUGCCCUGCCAGAUCAAGUACAGUACCAGACGGCUCGAUGGGUUUGGGCUCACAGAUGGGGAAGGAAUGGAAAGGCUGUGGUCUUUCCUCCGAAGAUUUGCCAGAGUCACAAAGGAGAUGACUCCAUCUCAUCGCCUUGACCUACUGACUGAUGCCCUUUUGCAUUAUGGACGGAGGAAAUCAACUGACCUAGAAGUGCAGCUCCUGCAAAGACUAGACAAAGCAGAGAAAAUAUCGAUUCUCGCUCAAGAAGAUAUCUCCUCUGUCAUCAGAGAGGCACCAGUAUUGGUUUCUGAAGGAGACAUGGAGAGAUGGAAAAAAAGGGAGAUGGAGCUAGCCCAACAGAAACAGAAACCAAUAAACACUGUCUGUAGAUGGAAAAGGGACUACAUCAUCAGACUGAUUCAGUUCUACAAGUUCAAAUCUGGGACUCGAGAGUCACACAAGGAGGGUGAAACAGAAAUUGAGGACUCUCUGCUGAACAUGGAGAAAAAACUCCACAUUAGGAGAAGAUGGCAAGAGUCUGAUUCAGACUUCCAGUCUACUCUUAAAGAUGUGGACCGUGAGCUCAGAGGCCGACUGAUCUGCAAGGCUAGAACUGAAUCAAGGGAGAGAGCAGUCCUCCUCCACCUGAAAAGAAAAUAUCCAGAUGGGCAGGGCAUUGCCAUUAGACUCUCCAAGCAGGUAGCCAGCUCCAACAAGAGACUGAGACAGGCAAUAAAAGAAUACAACAGCAUUCAAUGGCCCCCGCAGAUGAGCAUCUUCCCUGCGACAAUUGAUUUUCAGGAAGCAUGUGAUCCCUCUUGGCAUGUCUAUUUCUGCUUUGAUGACACUAUUGAAGAAGAUAAUGUUUCGAGGAGUCUAAAAAGGCGAGGGAUUGAUGCCUUGCAUAUGAAGACUCGGGCAGCUGAGGAAAAGCGCAUGCUUUACCAAGAAAUGAAAAGUGUAACUGAACAUCUCCAUCAGCAGCAGCCUUUCUGUGCUCUGCCAUCAAAGACACUGAGCAGCCUGGUGCAAAAGCUGCUCUCAUUCAACGUCUCCAUCAGCUGGAAAGAAAACGACUUCAAGCCAUUGUGAUGUUUCACCCACAUGUACCAGACAUUGUUCCUGCAGACAACCCCCACUUGUGUCAGGCCCUCCCCAUGCCAAGCAUACAGACACUGGUAUACAAUGAUAGUGAUAAUGAUGACAAUGAGGAUGACAGUGAGGAUGAAUAUGAUAACUAGCACUGCAGAUUUUUUUUUAAUUUCCAGUUGAAUCCUUUGAAACAAAUACUGUAUAAGUUUGUAAAAAAUAAAAUGUUUUCCACAA